UUUACAGUCAUCGUAUUUAAAUCUGUACGCCAACUCCCUUCAAGGCGUGCCGUGACAACUGGAGUCAGCUUUCUAAAAACAACUGCUUCACCUGCCUUUGCGAUACUGACGUUUUCAUAUUCCUGUGUAAACAAUGGGGGAGGCUGCACCAGGACCAAUGACAUACUUCCGUAUUUCGUUCAGUAGUUUCAGUGGUCAGCGUGAGGUAUGACAGGAAAGAAAGGAGGUGUAUCAUCUGUUGGUUCUGCACACCCAACGACUGAUCAAAGGACGCUGGACACAGGUGACAUUUGAAUUUGGGGCACAGCAGAGUCCUGGCUGUGUACGUGAAGUAGCCGUAACAAACUUUGUGACAACCAAGGCUACAUUUACAUGGAAUGUGCAUCAGCUGCGGAAUUGGCCGAAAGGCACUUUUGAAGCCUCAUCACCGCCGUUUGUCCACCCCAGUGCGAGUAUGUGGAGCAUGCACCUGUCCAAAGACAGCCACGAAUCCGUCCAUCUUGGUUUCAUACUGGUCUCUUCUGAGAAGGGAGCACCUGUGAGAGCCAGCAUAAAGACAAAGGCCAAAUCCAAAGCCAGUCAAAUAAAAGAGCUGCCCGCCAUAGAGUCUGAACUGUUCAAAGUGGGUGAGGUGAUGAGGAAGCAGAUCCUGCAAGGCUUCACCCUACCUAAGGAUGCACAGUCAGACAAGCUGCUGCUGGAAAUUGAGGUGUCAGUGGUGUGCAGUGUUGUGGAGUCAGCUCCUGGGACCACCAACACUCUCAAGGAUGACUUGGCAACACUGCUAAAGCUGAAGGAAGAUGCCGAUGUCACGCUGUUGGCCGGUUCCAGUAAAGUGUCGCUGAUGGCACACUCGACGCUCCUGCGUGCACGCAGCAGAGUCUUCGCCUCCAUGUUGCAGUCACCUGAGGUUGCCACUAAGUCAGGCUACAUGUUUCACAUGCGGGAAGUGGAACCACGUGUGGUCAAGGAGCUUCUUUGCUACAUCUACACUGACCAGACUCCGUCAAUCUCUGAGAUGCCGGAGGAGUUGCUUGCCCUUGCCAACAGGUAUGAUUUGAUGGGCCUGAAGAGGCGCUGUGAACUGGAGCUGUGUCAGAGGCUGACGGUAAACAACACCGCACAGACCGCAGUGCUAGGCGUGAAACACUCCUGCCUGACGCUGCUGCAGAUGACAGUGCCGUUCAUGGAGCAGAGGUACGCUGAAGUGAUGGGCACUCCUGGCUGGGCUGUUGCCGUCCGCACCGAGCCUGAAGCCAUGGCUACUGUCAGCCAGUUCAUCUCUGAUGCCGCCAGGGGGGAGUACAGAAUAAGACUCUGAUUUCACCAGCUGCAUUUCACUGUCGAUAGUCACUGGCCGGUAAGAAAAUAAAUCCUGCUCUCCGAAUACUCAGUUCUCCUGGCUGGGCAACACUAACCUGCACCGAUCCCGGAGCAGCAUCUACUAUCUGCUGGAUCAUUUCUGAUGUUGCCAAUGGGGGGCAGAAUCAAAUUGAACUUUGAUUUCAGUGACGGUGCUUUACUGCAGCUAGUCACUAAUUGGUGAGGAAAUAAAAUAUUUCGUGCCAAAUAAUUGGCUCUCCUUAAACAGAAGCAGGGCUUCAAAGUACCGCUACAUGAACAGGAAAUUGGCACCCAUUUUGAACAAAUUAAUAAAUGUUUGGAAAUUGUUUUUGCCCUGUGAAACAAUCCAGGAGAGGGGGACGGGGUAUUUGUGCUAAGGUGUGGAGACAGGUCUGUUGUGCACUCUGUGGUGGUUUCCUGUAUGUCUUAUAAUCUCACAUUGUCUGAUCUGAAAAACUGUGAUAGAACUUAAGAGUAGCUAGUAACCUAUAUCAUUGAAGAUUGAUAUCAUGUUAUUGAUAAUAGUCCUCAUAGAGUAUUUAUGACCUUGGGCCAUUACAUCUGCAAAUUCAUGAAAAUGUUAUAAUCCAGUUUCAGAUGUUGAAUUUAUCAUCAUCUACACACUUUUCACAUUUGUCGUAUUUUCUCAACAUUACUUAACAACUUUAUUUGCUUGUAUUGCUUUGUCAGUAUCUAUAUUUCAAGUAUUUAUGUCCCUUCUAUCCAAGUUGCCACUUUCUUCCAUCAGUGUAAUUCCUCGUUACUUAAAAGUGUUUCUGUCAGCUAUAAUUCAUUAUUUUUUCCAUUUCUUUUCUUAUUUCUAAAAUAAAGAAUUUUGUUGAUUUCUUUUUUCCAGAAAUGUAUGAAUACAUUUUUAGUAUGCUGUUCUCACUCUGUCAGUGAAGACCCUGAGAAAAUAUUAAUGUCUGUUGACCAUGUUAUUACUUGUAAUUUUUCUGCCUCAUUAAAUACAAUCAGGGCUCCAAAGUAGUACUACAUGAACAGGAAACCAGUUCGCAAUUUGAAUAAAUUAAUAAACUGGAAAUUAGUACUGCCCUGUGCAAUAAUUCUGCUCUGAAAUUUUUCUAUUCUGUUUUACCUCCAUAAUCCAAGAAACACAGUGUAAAUGUAAUGUGACAUUACAAUUAGUUAAUUUUUUUACAUGUGGUAUUUUUUUUAAUAUGUUUGGAGGUACAUUUAUCUGAGAUAUAUACAUAAAGGGAUAUUUUCUGACAAAUUUAUUUUUUGUUCAUUUAAUCAACUGAAAUUUUAAUACUUUGACUGACAGCUGCAUGAACUGUGCCAUUUUUCAGAAUUCCAGCCAUUUUUAUGGCUGUUCGAGAGAAACGUGUCGCUCAGAACUCAGUAAAGACUGAUAGUGUGUGUCAAUACAUGUGAUUUCAUAUUUAAAAACACGACAAAUUUUGCUGCAUCAAAUGAUGGAAUUGGAAAUGUACUGAAAUUUUUGCGUCCUGUAAAUCGACAGGCUUGGCAGUCAGACUGAAGUCAGAUUGCAAUCAUUGAGUAAACGCUCAGCAAUAGGUACAUUUUGUACCAUGAUGCCAUUAAAUUCCUUUUUAGAGUUACUGUUUUAAUUUCAUUCAUUCUGUACUGUAGACUGCAGAUGCAUUGCCUUUGGUUUUCAAGGUAAAUGUAGUGUUUGGUUCAUUGUCUAUAAUACACUUUGUAAUCUUUGAUUAUAACUGAAAUCUGUAACCUAUUUCUUCAAUGUUUCUUUUAUACUUAAUCAAAAAAAUAAUUGUAUUUGACUUCCUCCAAAGGAACAUUCAUAAAAGUUGAUUUAACAUUAUAUGUAAUUAAAUGUUUUCAUAAAAUAAAAAUUAUUUUGCGAAUUAGUUCUGUACUCUGGUACAAUCAAAUUGGGUGGUGGGAUAAGUGCCACAGCAUAAUACAUUGUGUGCAACUUCUCAAGACAACCUUUUUUUUUCUUAUUCUAAUCUACAUAUACCCAAAAAAAAUUUUCUUUUGCACACUAUAGGUCUGUGCAUAGCAUAUUCUC